CAAGGCGAAUGCGAUGAAUCGUGAUCGGCUUUUGAGACUUGUGAUCAGCAUCGACAAGGACGGGCGUUUCACGUUCCCUCCUACCAUCGGACUCGGUCGGAGUCUUACAGUUAUAAGAUCAAAGAUAGGGCACCAUUCGUAUAAAGGACGUACUCUUCUAAGAGGUUGACCACCAACAUACUCUCUGUUUACUAAACUAUGGCCGACGGCGGUGGUGAUAUCUGUGCCUCAAUAUGUUGCGGUUUUUGCUGCGUGGCUGGGUGUUCGGCUCUCAGCAAUUGGUGUAUGCUCAAGAGCUAUGGUAGCGGUUCGGGCACCUCGACCAGUGGAUGUUGUGGGUCAUGCUGCGACAAGUCUUUCAACGAGGACUCGUUCGAUGAGCAAGUGAGAAGGGAUAUGGAGGCAACUCGUGAUCCUAAUGCACCCAUCCGCCGGCCUGAGCAAAUGCAGCCAGCCCCGAAGAUGACCGCUGCCGUUCCCAAAGAAGCUGAUGCUCAAGAGAAACCAUAGUACUUUUUUGUGCGCCUUCAGUGUUUGUCAGAGCCUUUUCCCUGAACUCUUGUUACUUCUGUAAAUCGA